AGCAAGUUGUGACAGCAUUCGAGGAUGUCGGUAUUGAUGACGCGCAAGGGAGGGAGUACACUUUGGAGGAGGCGUACAUUGGCGAUAUCACAGCUCAUUUGUUUGGUGAGCCGUGAUGACGCUCACGCCUGCUAUUGAUCUUUUCAGAUUUCUGAAUCAUUGAUUAUUUGCAUUGACUUAGCGUUAUAGCAGCACGGCGCGAGGGGAACAACGAGUGUACGAAUCAUUAGGUCUAUGAAUCAUGACGUUACAUUUUCAGCUCGUCUUCGUGUAUACGGCACCCGGUGUCUGUCAGUGUCAUGUGAGAUUCCGUCGAGCUCGUCGCAAGGAAACCAGCUUCAGCCUGCCCGCGCAACAAACAUGGACGUUCGUCCGGCGAUGCGUCAGGCAAUGCAGCUAUCUGGGCAGACCCAGGGACUUGCAGCAGCCGCUAGCUCUCAUGGGUAAGUUCUCACCAUGCCCCAUUACCUCUUCCGCGCAGG